UUGCCUUACGUCUCGUCUUCCAUUUUUGAAUAAACAAAUAAAAUAAAAGCAUUAAAAAUCGAUGAUAUUUGUUUAUUUUCUUUUUUUUUCUCUCCAUUAAACGAAUAAUAAAUUUUAUUGUUAAAAUAACCUACAUCCGGCUAGACUAUUUAAUAUAUUAUUUAUUUAUUUAUUUAUUUUUUACACAAUUGAACUUGGGUUAAAUUUCUUUUCUGCUCUGCUUACACGAGGAUAAUUCAGACAAUUAGGAGUAUUUUUAAAAAAUUCGGGAUGGCAUUUGUGUUUUGAGGACAUCUGGUCAUUCGUUAAUAUAUCUUCGAGGCCGCCAAACCCACUCCAACUUCCGUUUAUCUCUUGGAAUAUUCAUAAAUCUGGACUCUUCCCACGCACUUAAACAUUCACACACGUUUAAAUAAGUUCCUAAGUUUAAUUAUGUUUCAGAAUAAUCUUUAUAAACUUUUAAUUAUAUUUUUAUAUGUGAGUAAUUUCAUGUUAGACUUUUCAACAGCUGAAGAUAAAGAAAAACUCUUGAUAAUUACUGUGGCAACAGAGAAAACAGAAGGUUAUGAAAGAUUUUAUCGAUCGACAAAAAUUUACAAUUUAGAUGUAAAGGUGUUGGGAAUGAAUCAAACUUGGGAAGGAGGAGAUGUUAGAUUAUACAGUGGAGGUGGACAUAAGGUUAAUUUACUAAAAGAAGAAUUGGAAAAAUAUAAAAGCAAUUCCGAUCUUAUUGUUAUGUUCACUGAUAGCUAUGAUGUCAUAAUUACUGCUGGUGUCCAAGAAAUUUUGAAGAAAUUCUAUAAAUUUAAUGCUAAAGUCUUAUUUUCUGCAGAAGGUUUCUGUUGGCCAGAUGAAUCACUAGCAGAAAAAUAUCCAAAAGUAGAGAGUGGGAAAAGAUAUCUUAAUUCUGGAGACUGUUCUGAAUUUUCUUAUACAGGUUUUAUGGGUUAUGCACCACAGUUAUAUGAAAUUGUAACUAGUUCCGAAAUUAAAAAUAUUGAUGAUGACCAGUUGUUUUACACAAAAAUUUAUUUGAAUGAAGAAUUAAGAAAACAGUGGUCAAUAAAAUUGGAUCAUAAAGCCGAAAUAUUUCAAAAUCUGAACGGUGCUGUCGGUGAUGUUGAACUUCGUUUUAGAGAAACAGAUAGUUAUAUUCGUAAUCUUGCCUACGACACAACUCCUAUAGUUAUACAUGGUAAUGGUGCAAGUAAGAUAGCAUUGAAUUCUUUAGGAAAUUAUUUAGCUAAAUCAUGGACUCUCAAAAAAGGAUGCUUAAGUUGUAAUGAAAAUAAAAAGAAAUUGGGAAAGAUGAAGGUUCAGAAUGUACCUUCAGUUAUAGUGGCAAUAUUUAUAGAACAUCCUACACCUUUCCUUCAAGAAUUCUUUGAAAAUAUAUUAUUAUUUACUUAUCCUAAAGAGAAAAUGGAUCUUUUUAUUCAUAAUAAUGUAGAAUAUCAUGUCAAUGAUGUGGAUCAAUUUAUUGCUGAUCAUAAACAUAAAUAUAAGAGUAUCACAUACUUAAAAGUAGAUGAUGGAUAUCAAGAAUGGCAUGCCAGAAAUUUGGGAUUAGAAGAAUGUCUAAAAAUAGACUGUGACUAUUAUUUUUCUAUGGAUUCAGAUGCGCAGAUCACAAAUCCCAAAACACUUCAAUUAUUAAUAGAACAAAAUAGACUCGUCAUUUCUCCUCUCUUGAUUCGACCAAAUAAAAUGUGGUCUAAUUUCUGGGGUGCAUUAUCAUCAAAUGGAUUUUACGCACGUUCACAUGAUUACAUUGAUAUAGUAAAAGGAACUAGAAAGUAAGAGCUUUAUUAAAAUUAUAUUUAAUUUAAAUUAUAAGAAAAUUAUACAUUAUUAUUGUGAAUUCUUUAAAUAUUUCAAACUCAAGUGCUUUCUAAGUUUGCUUAUUCGUGUAUAGACACACAUAUCAUUGUAAAAACUCACUUUGAAAUAAUUUACAUUCUUGAAGAUGAAGCAACAGGACUUGAAAGCAUUUCAGUUUUACUAUAUUUAUUUUAAUAAACAGCAUGUUGUCUAUAACUUUUUCAGCUUGCAACUGCACUGUUAUGUUAAACGUGUGUAUUAUUUCUAUUCUUUGUGAAUUAGGUGUGACUAUUAUUCGAG